UAUACUAGAGAUACCAGAUUUACCCGACACAUAUCCCAAUGCUGAAAUACAUUCUCACUCGAAGCAUCCUUCAUAUCCUCAUUCCCCCUGAACUUCUCUCGGAACUCGAACUAUCUGUAAGUGGAGAAAACAAACCACUCGGUGAUCAAUCGAUCUGGAUAAAGGAAUCUCAAAUAAAAUCUGAUGACAAAGAAUUCUGAUCGACAAAGGUUACACAACGCACAGAAAUGGAGAAAAGUCAGCGGCGACUCAGCCUUGUGGAUAUUAUGCUGUCAGCAGAAUAGAGUAAGAAUUGAAUGACUUUAGGCCACUAAUUCCAGUGAUUGGUCAAUAUGAGAUAGUUCUUUCAUUCAAACCAAUUUCCAAUUCAUUUGGUAGCCAUGCAACUCGGCUUUUGGGAUAUGUUGUAGUAAGAUUCCCUAGAAAGAUGUCUCAGCAAGAGAUGUUUGGCGUAGCUGAGUUGACGAUUCCUGAUACAACAUCUGAUGUCCAAGGAGAAAAGGAAAAACUAAAGAAGGCUUGUGUAAAGCCAAGCUUCAACAGUGGCAGAAUCUUUGGAGAAUAUCCAUCAACACGCUCCUACGCGGUGCGUAUAGCAUAUUCAGAUGCUAUGAUGUGUAGAGGAAAUAAUCUCUUGCAAGUAUACUCACUACUUCGUAAUUUCCUGAGGUCGCCGUCUUUCGGGCUUGCAUUUGCUAUUGUACAGAUUGUAUGGACGGAAGUAUGUGCAUGCUUUGGAGUUACCAUCCUUCCAUGUUCCUGGCUGUAAGAUCCAAAGUCUGAGCAGCGUUCCAUCGCAUUUUUGAGCAACUGAGGACACCUAUUUGGUUCUGAUGCGGGUGGUAUAUAAUGAGAGAGCUCCAUUGCUUUUUUGUUCAUCCACACAAGUUUCUUCGGCUUCAACUCUUUACACCUCAAUCACUUUAGCCUAUCUUUAAAUUUCACUUAUUAGCAUCAUAUAUCUUGCUGCCAUAAUGUAUCUCUCAGGAUUUGCAACAUUUCUCCUAGCCGUCGCAUCACUAAUACUGGGCAGCCCACUUCUGCCACGAGAAGACGAACGCCUAGACGAAGCAGUCUUUCUCACAACCUGCUUCAAAUACGUGAAAAGCAACGACGCCACGCCGAACGGUCGAGACGACAAACUCUGGUACUUCAAGAGCUACGGCGAUUCUAUCAAAGGCGAUCAAUUCGACGAAGCCUAUGCCUCCAACCCCGGCGACCAAAACCAUCCCGUAGACUGGACUUCGGGUACCGAAGGAAAACCCAUAACCGGCACCCUCGACAAAAAGCCGUUUAAAGUUUGGGGACUCACGGAAAGGGGAGAUGACAAGACGUUCGUUACUGGAUAUGCCGAUUUGGGAGGCGCGACCAUGCGCUGCUACAACAACUCUGCCUCGUUCUGGAAACAGGAUUAUGGAGAAAGGAUGUAUGUCAAAUGUGGUGCGAAGUACUACUGCACGAGAAAUUCGCGACAGAUUCGUCGCACGAUUGUAACAACUUCAAGUACGAUGCAGAGUAUUCCGUUUCUGGGGAAGCAGAAUUACGAUAUCAAGAAUGAUCAUGCAGUGCAGGAACAGGUUAAGAAUGCUUUCUUGUGGUUGAAAGAUCAUUAUAGGAGUAAUGCUGCUGAUGGGGAAGGAUAUAAAAUUGGAAGCAAAGAUUACAAGAUGACAUAUGCGGUUCAUCGGAUGGAGAAAGAGGGAGAUCCGUAUUAUGAAGCUGAUCGGAUCAAUCAAGUUGCGGAUUUGGUGGCGGAGAAAAUGCUUCCUGAGUUAUGGGCCAAGGAUAAAAUCAGUGAUGAAAAAGCAUGGCCGUCCGGAAACAAAAUCCUCGCAGAAGCGACACAUACGCUUCCCUUCCCCAAACAAAUCAAAGUCCAAGUGCAAGUUACGCAACAGGCGAUGCUAGAUUGGGAAGAUAGAGAUACCGUUGUUAUUACCGUGGAAAAGGGGAAUGAAUGUAAAGUGGACAGCGUGCUCACUCUCGCGAUCAAAGGCGCGUUUAAAGCUGUUUCGGCUGCAACGACAGGUGGUGUGAGUGCAGUUGCUAAUGGAUUGGGAUUUGUGGUUGGGGAAUUGGCUGCGGGUGCUUGUUAGAUGUUUGGUGAAUUGUUGGGAGAGAUUACGGUUUGAUGAGAUAGCUUUCUCUUCUGCUUAGAUUUUGGGUUUUGAGUGUAUUUUUAUAUUGUGUUUGUUCAUCAAGGGCUUGCUUCUUAUAUUUUAUAGAAA